AUGCUCGGCCUCCCCAGACUCUGUGCCCGGCUUCUUCGGCUAGGCCAACGACCACAUUAUCUCGCUCUGUCGGACAUCGUUCCGAUUCCUUCAUCUCAAUCCCUCCGAUAUUAUUAUGGCCAGCAGCAGCAGCGACAAGGCCUGGCCGCAGCCGCAGUUGAGCACCAUCCUUCGCCAUCUUCAUCUUCAUCACCGUCUUCAUCGUCGUCUUCGACGACAGCAUCGUCAACAUCAACAACCAACACCACCGACGCAGAAAUCGACCGACUCAUCUCCAGGCACCCCCUCGCGCAAUCCCUCCGUCGAGACCCAUCCUUCACCGAACUGCGACCGCACCUCGCCAUUCCGCCAUUGCUGCGACCCACGCACCUCGUCGCCGGCGCGCUGUCCGGACCAGGCCGCGUCACCGUCGCGCCGUACAUGUGGUUCUCGCGGAACAGCAGACGCAUCGUGGCCAUGGCGCACCUGGGCCGCGAGCUGUGCGGACACCCGGGCUUUGUGCACGGCGGGUUGCUGGCCGUCCUGUUCGACGAGGUGUUUGCGCGCUGCGCCUGUCCGUGUCUGCCCAAGGGGAUCGCUGUCACGGCGAAUCUGAACGUCGACUACCGUAGUCCCGGGCAUCCGGAUAGGCUGUAUGUGCUGCAGGCACGCACCGUCGAGGUCGAAGGGCGAAAGGCCUGGGUGGAGGGCACGUUGGAGAUGCUGCCUCAGACGACAACGGACCAGCAGAGUGGUAGUGGCGAUGAUUCCUCUGCGCCGGUGCUUGUCGCCGAGGCUAAGGCGCUGUUUGUCGAGCCCAAGUUUGCAGAGUCCAUGCCUAAACUGUACAAGUCGUGA